AUGCAGUCGCUGAGGUGCCCCGCUACUCCCGCUGUGCGGCCCGUGUGCCAGCGGCCUGCUGCCCGGAAGGCCGCCGUGUGCAUGGCCAAGCCGGACAUCCACCCGGAGUUCUACGAGGAGGCCAAGGUGUUCUGCAACGGCGAGGAGGUCAUGUCGCUGGGCGGCACGAAGCCCGAGUACGUGGUGGACCUGUGGUCGGGCAACCACCCGUUCUUCCAGGGCGCGACGAACACGGUGGUGGUGGACGAGGGCCGCGUGAACCGCUUCAACCGCCGGUUCGCGGGCCUGGACUCGCUCGGCAAGGUCGAGACCGCGUCGGGCAUGAAGAAGGGCAAGAAGGAGUAG